AUGGGCUGUGGAAAUUCAUCAUCGGCAUCAAAUUCAACAAAAUUAAUAAAUAAAAAUGAAGGACGAAUAUCAUUAAAAAAUACAAUAUUUAUUGAACAACGAAAAAAACAUAAUCAUGAAAAAUUCACUAAAGCAUGUUCAUCAUUAAAUCUUGAACAAAUAUUUGAUGGUCGUGGUAAAAAUUUACUAAAAAGAUUUGAAUUCGAUUCGGCUUGCCUUUUAUUCGAUAUUUCAUUAACACAUAUACUUUUACUAAAUGGUAAACAACUUUAUUUUAUUAAUUUAAAUACAAUGAAUAUUGAUAAAACUAUUGUACUUAUUGAUACAAUGAAUAUUCAAGAAAUUGUUUGGUCAUCAAAAUUAAAAUAUUUUCUUAUUCUUACAACUGAUCAAUUGUAUAAAACAAAUUUUGAUCAAUUUGAAUUAAUAUCUAUUCAUCAAAUACAGUUUAUUAAUGAGGGUCAUCGUAAAUCAUAUAUGACAGUGAAUGGUGAUGAUUUACUUAUAAAUCAUUCAUUUGGCCAUGAUCUACGUCGUUAUUGUCUUUCAAAUUUAAAUCUUCUACAAUCAUCGCGUGUAUAUGAAGAAUAUAAAGAUAUAUGUAUAACUACCAUACAAUUAAAUUCAAAAAAGAUUUUGGCUCUUGCAAUUUCAAUUGGUGAAAAACAAAUGAUAGAUUUAAUCAAUUUAAAUACUGAUAAAAUUAUUCAUAGAAUAAAAUUAGAUUUAAAUGAAAAUAUUUUAUAUCCAAUUAAUCUACAUUUUCAGGGAUUAUGGUUUGCUAAAACAUGCGUACCCUAUGUGAAUAUUGGUCAUUGUUUAAUAGCAUCCGAUGGACAAAUAGCUCGAUUGAAACUUUUUUCAAAUCAAGAUAAUUUUAUACGUUCACUUCGAAUGACUGAUGAUCAAAGGUGGUUACUGAUUGGUAGACAACAUGCACUAGAAAUUUAUUCAUUGUAA